GUGUUACUAAAAACCCUAAAACAAUAUACACACAUUCAGCAGCCGACAUCAUCUUUAACCCCUAUGCUUUCUCUGUCCGAUCAUCGGCGACCGGUACCGGUUACGGCCGGCUACCGGGGUCCCGUACUUGCUGGCAUGUCACCCCACACAACCCCAAGCUCCCUCUUCAUCUUAACCCGUCGCACACACGCUGCCCUGUCCAAAGAGAGAGAGAGAGGGAGAUCGGAGAACAGAUGAGGGGCUGAUCACCUGUGUCACGGCAACAGAAGCAGCAAGUGGCGGCGGCAAUGGAUUCCGACAACUGUUUUCGGGUAAAACGUACCCAAGGAGCCGGCGACCGACUUACCGGCGGUGAUGAUGGUGGUGGUCGUCAGACGUGGGGGGGGGGGGUGGCGGCGACUUUAAUUCCUUCCGACAAGUUCACCGGUAAAACAUGGUGGUGUUCUUGAUGAAAUAAUUAAUUACAUCCAAUCAUUGCAACAUCAUGUUGAGUUCUUGUCUAUGAAGCUUGAAGCUGUAAAUACAAGGAUGGCCUUGCCUAUAGAAGGGUUCAUACGAAAGAUGUAAGUUUUGUUUGUCGAUUUUUCAUUAAUGUGAAAAUGAUGUUAUAGUUCUUGUCUAUGAAGCAGAAUACAUGAAACAUCUGUUUUUUAAUUCAUUAAUGUGAUUGUGUUUAAUCAUAUAUAUGUAAGUAAUAUAUGUUAAUAUCGAGUCGUAUUAUGCGUUGCUGUUGAGUAAUUAUGUUGCUGGACUAAUGGUGAGAAAUCCAAAACUACAAUUAUGCUGCUGGAUUAAUGGUGAGAAAUCCAAAACUAUAGUUUCGUGAUGGGUCUGGCUCUAUCUUGAGUUGCCAAAGUAACCUUGUAUUGUUUUCUAAUUUGAUAAUAGUCAUCUCAUUUGUACAAAUUGACACGCAUCAAAGGGCUUGUAACCCAACUAUAUCAUGGUCUAUAUCAUGGUGUGUAGUAAAAAUAUUCAUGCUUAAGUGAUUGAGGAUUCUCAAAAUAUUGUUGGUUUUAAAAGAACACAUCUUUAUUUAGUUUAUCAAGUUAUUAAGCUAUUCAUUCAACAAUAUUCCGCUUUAGGAUAAAAAUAUAUUUUACUUAUAUACUUCAUUUUCUCUAUUAAAAAUACUUAUAUUUUUUUAAAGGAUUAAAAAUACUUAUAUACUUCAUGUUAUUUAUUAAAAAUAUAUCAUCCACCUGUAGUAAAUGAGUUGGGGAAAAAAGGUUAAAUCAUCAUAAUUAAAAUUAGCCUAAAUAAAUAAGUCAAACUCAAUCGAUCAAUAAUAACAAAAAAUCAUCUAAAAAGGUAUCUAGAUUUCAAAUUUAUUUAGUUUCCAUAAUAAAUUUCCCUGGAAAAAGAAAAAACCCCUAAAAACUCGUCUCCCGCCAUACUACCACCAUAAACAAACCAUCUAAAGUUUAUGUAAGUAUUAUGUUUUGUAUUAGAAUAUGAUCGUUGAUAAUUUUGGGGCUGCAUCUAAAGGGAUUUGUUUCUUUUCUUCGUCUUCACCUGUCCAAAUUUCUUCGUCGUCAUAUAAUCUGAUCCUCAUCCUUGUCUCUCCUUUCUUCAGGUAUGUUUUGCUUUUCAUUGUUCCAAAGGGUUUUUCUCAUAGAUUGAUAUGUUCGGCUUAUGUAUUCAUCGUAGUUAUUGGCGAGUUUUUUUUUGAUCCAUUUUGUGUUUAUGGUUUUGCAUCUCUGUUUUUAACUUUUGAGUUAAGUGAAUCCCAGGUAAGAAGAUAGAGCUUCGAACAUCUGAGAAGGGGCAGGACGAAACGCAAGUCCAUUUAAAUCCGGUCAAGCUGAGGGGCAGGAGCAGGGACAAAUGCACUGACUGCAUUUAAAUUUGAUGAAGCUAAGUACUAUCAGAUUGCAUAUUAUAAGUUAGAUUAAAUUUAAAUUCAAAAGUGGCUGACUAUAUUUAAGAAUGCUUUGUACUUGAUGAGCAAAUAAGAAUGCUUUGUAGUUGAAGAACAUGGCCAUUUUUUAGGUAACAUAAAACUGAAAAAAAAACUGAUUUGCUAAAAAAUAGCUUCUACAUAUUUUGUGACUUCUCUUACUUUGAAAAACCAUCCACAUUUAUGAGUUGUUUUAAAACACCAUAUUAAAUUUUUUAUUUUAACAACAUAAGCAUUCCAUAUAUAAAAUCUAUUUAUAAUAAACAAAGUAAAUAACAUAAUAAAAUAGCUUCUACUCUUUAAUGCAGGCAGAGGACAUGCGACUCGAGAUCUUUUGGACAAUUUGGUCAUUUGAAGGGCAGUUACUCGCAGGUUAGACGUUACAUCAUUUAGUGCCUUUUCGACUACAACUGGUGACUACACAAAGAAAUAUGAAUUAGAAAGUAAGUUUCCAGCAUGUUGUUCAUCAUUCAUAACUAAAGGCUUUGGUGGUGACUGGUUCAUGCUUGCUGUUUUCAAAAAAGAAAAAUGCGAAAUGAUUCAGUUUACACAUUAUCGGGCAAACGAUGGAAGGAGGAAGAGGAGAGCAAAGAUGGAAGGACCCCAUGGAUGCAACCUGAAAGGAAAAAAAAAAGAAAUAUGAAAGGUGGAGUUGAGAAACAGCCGCAAUUCAUGGGUAGUUAUGUAGGAACAUGGACAGAAAAACUGCUCAAACGUGGGAUGGUGCUGCUCAGAACUGCUGUUGUUCGGUUCAGUUAUGUAGGAACAUGGACAGAAACUGCUCAAACGUGGAUGGUGCUGCUCAGAACUGAUGUCAACAGCGGUUAAAAUGAAGAGUUUAUACGGUCCAGAUUUAAUCUCAGCAUGAUCGAACGGAUGAUAUUGAUUUUAAAGGUAACCGUCACUUAAUGGGUUCCAUAUAUAUAUAUAAUUUCCAUGAUGACUACUCUGUUGGGUCUGGCGGGUAUGGUAUAGUGUACAAAGCUGAACUCGAUGUUUUGGAUGUUCAAAGUUUGUAAUCAAUGGAAGGAAAGUUUAAAGAUGAGCUUCCCAAGAUAAAAAAAGUUGUAGCUAUAAAACGUAUUUUACAUAGAGAAGACGAGCAAGGUAAACAAGGGUUUAAUUCAGAAAUUAAGUUGCUUACUAGUUGUAAGCAUCCGAAUAUAGUGUCUCUUCUUGGCUUUUCUAAAGAAGAUGAUGAAAUGAUUCUUGUUUAUGAGUUUGCUUUUACGGUGUGUUCCCGAGUUAAAAAUCCCUCCCCUUCCCUCCCCUCCCCUCCCCUCCCCUCCAUGUCUUUCCAAAUUGGAAAGACUAUUUUCAGGCAAAAAAAACCCCAUUUUCCCUCCCCUCCCCCUGUUAAGUGGAUCUCUGGAACACCAUUUUCCCUCCCCUCCCCUCCCCUCCCCCUGUUAAGUAGAUCUCUGGAACACAGCGUUAAAGGAAGCCUUAGUGAUUAUAUAGGAAGAAAUUCUAAAACGGUUAGUCUUACGUGGGCACAGAGAGUACAAAUUUGCAUUGAUAUUGCAAAUGGAAUUAAUUACAUUCACACUGACAUGGAGGGAAAACCUAGGAUAAUACAUCGAGAUAUAAAAAGUGAGAACAUUUUGUUAGAUGAAAAUUUGAAUGCAAAGGUUGCUGACUUUGGGCUCUCCACAUUCCAUCGUAUGAGGCAACAAGCUAGCACUAUCUAUACACAAAAUAUCGCUGGGACAUUGGUUUAUGUGGAUCCAGAAUAUUUAAAAACGGGCAAGUAUAAAAGGGAAUCUGAUAUUUACUCAUUUGUAGUAUUAUUUGAGGUCCUAUCCGGAAGUAGGGCCUAUGACCCCAUUUACAUUGCCAAAAAUGAGACAGGCCUUGCACAUAUUGCAAGACGGUGCUUCAACGAGGGAACGUUAAAGGAAAUGAUAGAUCCGAAAAUGAUCAAAGAAGAUGUUGAUUGCAAUUUUACUUUAAAUAGAGGACCCAAUCAAACUUCUUUCAACGCAUUUUCAGAAGUUGCAUAUCGAUGUUUGGCGGAAACUCAAGCCAAGCGUCCAACAAUGGAAGUCGUCAUCAAGGAACUUCAAAAGGCAUUAGAAUUGCAAUUUUCGAAAAUAUACUGUGUAUUUAUAGGGAGUCUUCAAAGCAACUUUGUAAUGCCAUUUGUUUUUUAGAUAUGAAUUGCAAAAGUAUAAGUCAAAUUGGUAGUUGUGCUUAGUUCAGAUAAUUUCAAGGAACGAGGUGGUGUUUAACCAGAAAGUUGGUAGUCCGCAUGAUAUCUUCGGGGAGAUAAAAUCUAGAGGUUAUGCUUGGUUUAAAAGUAGAUAUCCAUGUAAUUAUAUCAUAUGGACGGAGUGGUGUAAAUUCCCUUUGUAUAUGUUGUAAUUUUUGUUUGCCCUUUGCCCGUUUGGGUCGGGGGUGCUGUUGUUUGUUUGGCCUUUUGCCCGAUUGGGUCGGAGGUGUUUUAAUGAAGUUUUCUUUUCAAAAAAAAAAAAAAAAAA